AUGUCUGAAACAAAAUGGGAGUCUAAUGCUACUUCACGCGACUCAUCGGGUUACCAUCAAACCAUUAAAAAUUACCUUGUGGGUGAAACCAUUGGUAAAGGAAGUUUUGGUAAGGUGAAGAAGGGCAUUCAUCUCCCAACGGGAGAAACGGUAGCUAUUAAGAUUCUUAACCGUGUUAAACUUAAGAAUGCGAAUAUGGAUAAGAGAAUAUUUCGUGAAGUAAAGAUAUUGAAAUUAUUUUCUCAUCCCAAUAUUUGUAGACUUUACGAUGUUAUCUCCACUCCCACCGAUAUCUAUCUCAUUAUGGAGUACGUUGAUGGAGGUGAAUUAUAUGAAUACAUUGUAAAGAAAGGAAAACUACGUGAGGAUGUUGGUCGUUAUGUACUGCAGCAGAUUGUCUGUGCGCUGGAGUAUUGUCACCACUUCCUUGUGGUUCAUCGUGAUUUGAAGCCAGAGAAUAUUCUCCUUGGUCCGGGUUUGCAAGUCAAACUUAUUGAUUUUGGACUAUCUAGUAUUAUGAAAGAUGGAGAAUUUUUAGCGACAUCAUGUGGAUCGCCAAACUACGCUGCACCAGAAGUUAUUUCGGGUAAACUUUAUUUUGGUCCUGAAGUAGAUGUAUGGUCUUGUGGUGUUAUUCUCUACGCUCUUCUUUGUGGAUGUCUUCCAUUUGAUGAAGAAAGUGUCCCUAUGUUAUUUAAUAAUAUCAAAAAGGGACGUUAUCAUAUACCAUCGAGUGUUCCUCCCGGUGCACGUGAAUUAAUUGAAAGGAUAUUAGUUGUGGAUCCACUUUUACGACUUACAAUACCUCAAAUUCGAGAUAAUGUGUGGUUUAAUACCAAUCUUCCUACACGUCUUUCAUAUAAUGAAGCAUUAUUUUUAGUUCAAGAUAAACGAAUAUCACCAACUGUUGUAAGUCGUGCAGCUAGAAUUCUUGGAAUGCGAGAUCGUGAUAUACGAAGUGAAAUUGAACAAGGUAGAGGACCUGGAUUUGUGGCAUAUAGUAUUUUACUAGACGCUGAGAGACGAAAACAGAUCAUUGCAGAUGCAGAAUCUCUAGGAGUGGAUGAUGAUAUGCUCAGUAACUCUGAUCGUGUGACAACGCAUGUAUCUAGGGCAACUGAACGUGAACUUAAUCUUGGACUUUUAUUAACCCAAAGCCCUGCUAUGGAAGUUCUCUUAGAUGUUGGUGAUGCCACUUCUAAUAAACGUGCUUAUAAUGGUGGUAAUUUUAUUCCAGCUUCAAUACAAGAAACAAAGACAUUUGCCGUAUCUUUACAUACACCUGUAUCAACUGGUGCCUUUAGUAUUUCAAGGCGACCAGAAUCUGUUACAGAAAUAUCUAAUCCAUUUGGUUCCAGUCAUAUUGGAAGUAAUAGCAGUUUAUAUCAUCCUUCUCUUACGGGUGGAAGUAUGCGUUAUGGAUCUGGAGGAGCUCUUGGUUCAAGUCAUAAUGAUCGUCAUCGUGUUGGGUCGGUGGCUAAAUCUCAUAUGGUAUAUACACAAGAAGAAGAAAAUUUUAUUGUACGCAAUAAUGUUGGAUGGCGUAUUGGUUUAAUGAGUGAUUUUAACGCUGCCACAUCUCUAAGUGUUAUCUAUUCUACUCUAACCUCAUUAGCGAUGGAGUGGAAAAUAUUAGCACCAUUCCGAUUACUCGCCCGUACCACCCCAGAGACAUGGACAAGGAUGGGUAUUGCACCCACCAAACCUCCCACCCCACUCUCCCUGGAGCCCUCUGAUAUGAUGGAUGGCAAUAGUGGUGAUUCCUCCAACACCGCACUUCCACCUCGAGUUGUUUUAGCGCUUUAUCUUUUCCGUAUUCACGAGAGUCAUCAUAGAGGGUAUUUGGUGGAUUUUAGCGUGGUACGUGGAUCGUUGUUUGCAUUGGAUGUGGUACUGCGACUGUCAGCCAUGCUUGUGCAGCGCAUGGGCUGA